AUGGCUGCUACACUUGUCGUCCCCCCACGGGAGCGUGGUGAAAUCGAACUGAUGCAUUCUUCCCGGUCACAGUGCGAUCUGACCAAACCUUCGUGCUCCAACUGCACGCGUAACGGCUUGGAUUGCGAUGGUUAUACCCUGCGGCUCACAUGGCUGCCUGCCUCAGUCGGCAUUGGGGAUAAUCCACAACGGCCAAAGCGGACAGCUUCGCCGAAGAAGAACAGAUUACCACUCUCGAGAGAGCCGAUUCCUGCCACAUCCGUUUCUUACCUGAGAGAGCCGGAUCGUUGGCUUGAAGCUUUGACCGAUGACGGCGCGAAUGCAGAUGAUGCUCACUUGCAGCAGCUUUUAAUACACGCUGCGGACCAUCAAGAGUCAUCGAGAGGCUUUUUACUACUCGACCAUGAAACAUAUCUACUAAAUCAUUUCAAUCGUUGUGUGCGUGGACAUUUGUUGCACCUCAUGGGUAAUUGGCUGACUGACCUGUCAUAUCACCCCUAUCUCGAACCUGCAUUGAUGGCCAUCUCAGCUUCCAAUUUAUUCCAACAGAGUGUCUUCCGCCGCGAUCCUACAUUAUCCGCGUGCCAUAUCAAGGAGAAGCAUACCGAUAAAAUGACACAGUCAUGCUUUCGUCUCGCCAUCAAUUACUAUAACGAUGCCAUCCGAAUGAUAAGCGACACAACCUCCACUGGCAACAAAUCCCCCCAGCUGAAUCUUGCAGUAACUCUUUUACUAGUUCUUUUCGAAUGGGAGUCUGGGAGUGUUCACGGCAGCUUCGUCCAUAUGGAUGGUGCUGAUGCCAUUGUCAUAUCUUCCUUUGAAGAGCUGUGCCAAACAUCGACAGGGCGUCUUCUUCUUAAGAGUUGGGCCGACAUGCGGGCGCGCAAAAACAGACAGAAACUUGCAUUUAGGCCCCUGGAGAUCGAACUUAGUAGAGCUUCGGAUACCCGGGACAGAGUCUUGAUGUCUCAUGCUCUGCAAUCUUCUUCGGGUGUCGCAUCUGCCCUUACAAAUGCGAUUUCGAUGAGGGAUCGGCUUGUCUUACACAUGUGCGUGGCUUGUGAUGAGAUAGAUGAGAGUCUUGUACUAAGUCACUUCCGCAAAUGGUACUCGCAUGCCUUUGACUUCAAUUAUACAGCGGAGCUCUCUUCUGAGGCUGGAUGUGUCCUCACUACCAAGGAGUUGAUGGACGGUCUUGAUGCUACUAAGCAGGUACUUCACGGGUGGCGUAACGGUCUUGACAAAUCACAGCUCCCAUUUCUACAAGCAUCUUCCCCUUCGGCACUCGAUCACGUCUUUGAGGACCGACUGGUCUUGGUUGGAGAUGUGGCACCGCUGCAGUUUCGCACUCCUGAAGCCGCGUUCAAUUAUCUACGUUAUGCCGUCAGCUUAGUUAUCACAUCGUCGCAAGUCCUGAGUAUGUACGUUCUUGCCACGCGACCUAGAGCGCUCAGAACACAUAUUCCCGUCGUUGUCGCUCACCUGCUUUCGGUGAUCGAAGGACUAGACCCAAUGCAGCUUAUCCGCUACGACGUGUAUGACAGUGGGCCUCUCUGGGUUCUGGUGACUUUGGCGCUAUACAUGAGAAGUAUUCGCAUCGUGGAUCGAUGCUGGUGA